UUUAUUAUCCCAAAACUUUGGUCUGAUCUCUUAAUUCUUCAUCAAAGAAGCACAAACUAAGCAUUGCCAUGAGACACAGCUGACAUUACAGAGAGAGAAAAUCGUGAGCAGCAGAACCUAUUUGACUUGCUGCCAUCAGAUUGAGUAUACAAUUUUGGUACUACGAACAUUUCGAUUCUGUUUCUCUCUCUAAACAUCUCACUAUAUUCGCAUAUACUACUACUGUAGAGAGAGAAAGGAGCAGAAAGAGAUCCACACUCUUUCUCACUCUACAUUUGCAUGCAAAUCCUCAAUCUAGUAAGUUAAUUUUUUAUGUUCUUUUUCUUUUCCUUCAAGUGGAACUCAACUUUGCUACGCUUCUAACAUCUGAUCUUCAAUCACCAACAAAAAGCACUGUAAAGCUAGUUUAUUUUUACUGUGGAUCACUUUUUUUUUUUGCUUCGUUUGUAGCUAAUUUUUGACCGCCAUAAAUUGUGGGCUAACACUAAAUCAUUACUGCCACUGCUUUGUUGGGCAAAAAGCUAGGUUCUUGAAUUAGCGUAUGUUCGUUGUAUUAAUCAAACAUUGCAUUUGAUUGCUGCAAAAAGUAAAAAAAAUCAGCAUUUAUUGGAAGAUUUGUGUUUGUUAUUCAUUUUGGUUGAUUGGCGAGGUUGGUUGUUGAAUGAGUGGAAUAGUAUAGAAUGUGAUGAGAAAUGAGGAUUAGGGUUAGGUUUGGGGUGUGAAAGAUGGGGUGUGUGUUGGGGAGAGGGAUUUCGUCGCCAGGGUCACCGAGCUCGGAGGUUGUGGUAGAGAAUGGGAAAGAGAACGAGAAAGAGAGGGAUUUGACAGUGGGAUCGUGGAGGAGAGAGAAAGUUGCCAUUGCAAAUGGGGAGAGCGGUGAUGGUGAGGUUCAGAAUGGCGGGGAGGAUCAGAAGGAAGAGCAGAAGGAUGGUAGUAGGCGGGCAAGGGGUGAGAGGAGGCGGUCGAAGCCGAAUCCCCGGCUCAGUAAUCCACCUAAGCAUGUAUAUGGUGAGCAAGUGGCUGCCGGGUGGCCGUCAUGGCUCUCAGCAGUGGCCGGGGAGGCAAUCAAUGGGUGGACACCUCGUAGGGCAGACACUUUUGAAAAACUCAACAAGAUUGGGCAAGGCACAUAUAGUAAUGUUUACAAAGCUAGGGAUAUUAUAACGGGGAAAAUUGUUGCACUGAAGAAAGUCAGAUUUGACAAUUUGGAGCCUGAAAGUGUAAAAUUUAUGGCUAGAGAGAUUUUAAUUCUGCGACGAUUAGAUCACCCCAAUGUUCUAAAAUUGGAAGGUUUAGCAACUUCACGGAUGUCAUGUAGCUUGUACCUUGUGCUUGAUUAUAUGGAGCAUGAUUUGGCUGGACUUGCUGCUAGCCCAGAAAUCAGUUUUACGGAGCCUCAGGUCAAGUGUUACAUGCAUCAGCUAUUGUCAGGGCUUGAACACUGCCACAACCGCCAUGUUCUGCACCGUGAUAUUAAGGGGUCAAAUCUUCUUCUUGACAAUGGAGGGGUUCUUAAAAUUGCUGAUUUUGGGUUGGCUUCUUGCUUUGACCCUAAUCACAAGCAGCCCAUGACUAGUCGGGUUGUCACUCUAUGGUAUCGACCCCCGGAACUACUUCUUGGGGCCACUGACUACAGUGUGGGUGUUGACUUAUGGAGUGCUGGCUGUAUUCUUGCUGAGCUGUUGGCUGGGAAGCCCAUCAUGCCUGGUCGGACAGAGGUGGAGCAGCUGCACAAAAUUUUUAAGCUAUGUGGUUCUCCUUCUGACGAAUAUUGGAAAAAAUCAAAGCUGCCACAUGCAACCAUAUUUAAACCCCAGCAAUCAUACAAACGACGCAUAGCAGAGACGUUUAGAGAUUUUCCGCCUUCGUCUCUGCCAUUAAUUGAGACCCUUCUUUCAAUUGACCCUGCUGAACGUCAAACUGCCACAGAUGCGUUGAGGAGUGGAUUCUUCACAACCAAACCUUAUGCUUGUGAUCCUUCAAGCCUUCCAAAAUAUCCUCCCACCAAGGAGAUGGAUGCAAAACUACGGGAUGAAGAAGCUAGAAGGCUGAGAACUGCUGGUAAAGGCAACACGGAUGCUGUGAAGAAAACUCGUACACGUGAUCGAGCUGUAAGGGCAAUCCCUGCUCCAGAAGCCAAUGCUGAGUUGCAAGCCAAUCUUGAUAGGCGACGUUUGAUAACACAUGCAAAUGCAAAGAGCAAGAGCGAGAAAUUUCCUCCUCCACACCAGGAUGGAACACUCGGUUAUCCUUUAGGUUCUUCACAUCACAUUGACCCAGCCUUUGACCCUCCUGAUGUCCCAUUCAGUUCAAUGAAUUUCUCAUAUUCAAAAGUACCCAUCCAAACUUGGUCUGGCCCAUUGGUAGACUCUGCUGCUGUUGGUUCUCUGAGAAGAAAGAAACGUAAGGAUUCUCAGAAAGAUAAGAAUUCUGCUCGGAUCAAGGAUAACGAAGGCAUGUAAUAUAUCAUUGGUUCUUUUACUACUAGGGGAUCCUCAACUUACAAAGCUGCAAAUGUUUCUGGAACUGUAUGUCUUCAAUCCUGGCCAGUAAACUUGUUAAACUGCAUAGAGAGGUCAAUUUUUUUGUAUUUUCAGAUUUCUUGUUUCUAUUCUAAAUUUUUGGAUUGCUGAGAAGCCCUUCUCGGUUUUGUAUAUGUACUUUUUAUCUUCCAUGGUGUUGACAGACUCUGUUUAGAUUAGUAACAAUAAAAAUGCAAAGAACCUGUAUUUCAUUUUUAGCUUUGUUAAA